CAGAUCUACAGGGGUCAUAUCCCUGACAUCGUGGAUUGUAGUGUUACCAGCUGCACGUCGUCAUGUGGUGGAAGACAUGGCUCCACGUCUCGACAACGUAGUCGUUGUCAGCUAUCCGGAAAUAGAGGAGACGUCAUCGUGGAAGACCCUGUCCUCACUCCUGUGUAACGCAUUGGAACCAGCAAGGCAGAACAACACACCGUCGACGUCAUUCCAGAACACGACAGCCUGUCCCUGGAAUGGAUUGAUACACACGCUGCUUUACAAGGGAGAGCGUCGGAUGUUGAGCCUGGUUGGUCAGUUCGAUCUCCUUUGGGACGUCCAUUUAAUUGAGGAGUUGUUUCCCAACCUAAAGUUGGGUUUUAAUGGACGGCUGCUGACAGUGUCAACUAAGGAGUACGCCCCCUAUGUUUCCAUACAGCGAAAUGGUUCCAUUGUCGAAUUCGACGGUCUGUGCGUCGAUCUGCUUUCGAAUGUUGCUAAAGCCCUAAAUUUUACGUACAAACUCACAGAGCCACCGGACGGCCAGUGGGGAACCUUCCUCAAUGAUUCCUGGAAUGGGUUGAUCAGGCAACUACAGUUCAAGGAGGUGGACAUCGUUCUGGCCCCACUAACGGUUCGAGAAGAUCGAGAAGAAGUGAUGGAUUUCACGUACCCGUACUUCUACGAUGCUGCAGGCGCCAUCUUUAAAAGACCCGGAUUGAAACGUUGGUCGACGCUACUGAGACCCUUCAAGUGGGAGGUAUUGCUGUGUCUCGGGAUAGGGGUUGCUGGUUUGACGCUACUCUUACAUGUAAUGGAGAACGAAGGAAGGAAGUUUGUGGCUGAAUAUCAACAGAAGAAUGCCGAAAAUCGUGUUGCGGAAGACACCUUUUGGUACAUAUGGGGAACAUUUCUUAAACAUGGAAGCCACGAGCGGCCUGUAACGACCAGUGGCCGGGUCCUCGUGUCAUUCCUGUCUUUGUUCUGCAUCAUUGUAUCGGCGGCCUACAGCGGUAACCUCAUAGCGUUUCUGUCCAUAUCUCGGGAGACCGUGCCUUUCAGAACCUCCCAGGAGAUGGCUGAGCAGACCGCGUAUAGAUGGGGGACAAUUAACGGUAGUUUAUGGCAGCUGCAGAUUGCGAAUUCCAACCAGAGCGAUUUUCAGAAGCUGUGGCAGGGGAUAAGCACUUUCAGUGAGUCUGAUCCGGAUGUUCUCGCUCCAUCCUCCAACAUCCACAAGAAGAAGGUGGAGGCAGGCAACUAUGUGUUCUUCUCCGACAGAUCGGUGAUGGAAAUCUGGGCUCAGGAGAACUGUCAACUCACGCUACUGGAAGAGACAUUCAGACAGAUGACCUACGGCAUGGGCCUCCCCAACAACUCCCCCUAUCGUGACAUGUUUUCUAAAGUUCUGAUGAAGUUCGAAAAGGCUGGUCUCCUCAGUCUGUUAAGAGAAAAGUGGUGGCCUGAUGCUGUGAAGUGUGAAGACGACGUGAAGGUGAAGACCCACGUUAUAGAGAUAGAAGACUUACAGAGUGCAUUUUAUGUGCUCCUCAUUGGAUUCUUCUUGGGAUUCCUUAUUUUGGUUCUGGAGAAUUUUCGUGUUCUGGGAAUGAACAAACUGUCGUUGUUGAAAAUGAACAUGAAACAGAACAUUAAAUAAUUCCUUAAAGAGUCUAUAUAGAUGUAUUACUGUUCUUCAAAUUGUUAACUACCCCGAAAACCAUCCAACGCGUUCGGGUACAGGUGUGUGCCCAUCAUGGACUAUGACCAUCUGUGCUAAUGAUGUGUCACCGACAAUGAACCUUUUAACAAACUGAAGGUUUGUUACCGAGAAGAGGAAAUGCAAUGACAUAAGCAGUCCGAAAACUGUGUGGUUUAUGAACAAUGCCUAUUGACCGAAUAUUACUCGUAAUGAUAACGCGAAGAGGCGCUAUAUUGUGAUGCUGUGUUUUUAACAGUCUUUUUAGUGUUCAUUGUACUUGUCUAUGAUUUAGUGUGUAAAUAGAUAUUGACUGCAGAAUGUAUAAACAGAUGCCUGAAUGUCUUUGUCAGUCUAAACAUCAAAGGUGAUGGGAAAAAUACUUUGAUGGACAUGUAAUUGACCCGGUUCCAUUAAUCGUGUCCAUUGUUAUCAUCUCUGAUAUCAGGUUAUAUUGUAAAUGGAUAUGUGACAUUGGUGGUGUAAUUUUCGAUAGUGAUUUCAUUUGCUUCAGGGGCGGUGGGGUAGCCGAGAGGUUAAAGUGUUGGCUCGUAACGUCGAAGACCCGGUUC